GAGCUAUAAAGCUCUUCCACGUGCUGUGUAAGUUAGGAGAGAAAAAGGAAAAAUGACAUCUGUCAUUUACCUUCUGCAACUGGAUGUGUUUUGCCUAGAUAUUUGAGUUCACUCUGGAAGGCUUGGUUUAUUUUCAGACAAAUAUUUUAUUCUCUUCUGAAGUCAAUAGAAGUUGUGAGGCUGUCCCUAGCGACUGUUUAUCUGGAUUCUAAAGAAGAAAAGAAGACUGGUUUGGAGAGAUUUAGAGCUACCUGACUUCCUCUAUGAAAAUAAGUCAGUUAUAACAUUGCAGAGAAGAUAGUGUGGUGAAGUUUCAGAGCUCCUCACUUCCUCAUGCUGAUGGAUGAAGCUAUUUGAUAUCACUAAGUACAGUGAUAGCAUUCUUGCCUUUGGGCUGUGAGACAGUGAUGGUUUGAGAGUCUGUGAAGAGGGCUUCUCUGUUACUUUACUAAGGUUUCCUGCAGACUUCAACUCAGGAAUGACUUCUCUGGAGCUGUAGGACUUCUGGAGGAUUUUUAUCCAGAAUAAAGACGGCAGUACUGUUGGAAGCAGAAAAUCAAUUAUUGUUGUGUACAAGAAGAAAUGUGUUUAUUUCCCUCUGAACUGCUGGCAUGGUGAGGUUAUGGAAGUAGCAUUGCUCAAGUGCUGGGGAGUGAAGUGGGAAGAGGCCAGAACAACGAGGUCCUGCACUAGCAUCUUGUGAUGGCAGCAUUAUUACCUGACCAUGCUUUCUGAGGAUGCUAAUGCUGAUUGUGUAUGAGAAGAGUGAUGACUCUCAACAUGACAAGAUGCCACAGCAAAAGCGGAUCAAAUCUGUGGGACAUGGCACAAGGAAAUAAUUAUGGGCAAAGCAGCAAUGGGGUGGCUGAUGAAUCCCCAAACAUGCUGGUGUACAGAAAGAUGGAAGACGUCAUAGCUCGCAUGCAAGAUGAGAAAAACGGGAUUCCUAUUCGUACAGUCAAAAGUUUUCUUUCCAAGAUCCCCAGUGUCUUUUCUGGUUCAGACAUUGUUCAAUGGUUGACAAAGAACUUAUCUAUAGAAGAUCCAGUGGAAGCUCUACAUUUGGGAACACUGAUGGCAGCACAUGGUUAUUUUUUUCCAAUCUCAGACCAUGUUCUAACACUAAAGGAUGAUGGCACCUUCUAUCGAUUCCAGACACCCUAUUUUUGGCCAUCAAAUUGUUGGGAGCCGGAAAACACAGACUAUGCUGUUUACCUCUGCAAGCGGACAAUGCAAAAUAAAGCAAGGCUAGAGCUAGCAGACUAUGAAGCUGAGAGCUUGGCCAGGCUACAGCGAGCGUUUGCUCGGAAGUGGGAGUUUAUUUUUAUGCAAGCUGAAGCACAAGCAAAAGUUGACAAGAAGAGAGACAAGAUAGAAAGGAAAAUUCUUGACAGCCAGGAGCGAGCGUUUUGGGAUGUGCACCGGCCGGUGCCUGGAUGUGUAAACACUACUGAAGUGGAUAUAAAAAAGUCUUCAAGAAUGAGAAAUCCACAUAAAACAAGAAAGUCUGUCUAUGGCUUACAAAAUGACAUCCGAAGUCACAGCCCUACUCACACACCAGUACCAGAGACUAAGCCUCCCACAGAAGAUGAACUACACCAAGAGAUUAAGCACUGGCAAAUGCAAUUAGACAGACAUCGAUUAAAAAUGUCAAAAGUUGCAGAGAGUCUAUUAGCUUAUACAGAGCAGUAUUUGGAAUAUGAUCCUUUUCUUGUGCCCCCUGAUCCCUCAAACCCUUGGAUAUCUGAUGACACCACUUUCUGGGAACUGGAGGCAAGCAAAGAGCCAGGACAACAGAGGGUGAAGAGAUGGGGGUUUGGCAUGGAUGAAGCUUUGAAAGACCCUGUGGGAAGAGAGCAAUUUCUCAAGUUCCUGGAGUCAGAAUUCAGUUCAGAAAAUUUAAGGUUCUGGUUAGCAGUAGAAGACCUGAAGAAGAGGCCUAUCCGUGAAGUUCCUGCUCGCGUCCAAGAAAUCUGGCAAGAAUUUCUUGCUCCAGGUGCACCCAGUGCCAUCAAUCUAGAUUCAAAAAGUUAUGACAAAACCACGCAGAAUGUAAAGGACCCUGGAAGAUACACAUUUGAAGAUGCUCAGUUUCCGAAAGAGGAGCACAUUUACAAACUGAUGAAAAGUGAUUCUUAUCCUCGUUUUAUACGAUCCAGUGCCUACCAGGAGCUGCUACAGGCCAAGAAAAAGGGCAGAAACAUCCCUAUUUUCCCAUGCCAUAAAAACUGUACACCAACACUGAGGGCGAGCACUAACCUGUUAUGAAAAGAGGUAGAAAGAUCUUGGAUUCUACUCAAGUUUGUCUGCAUUGUCUGUUGAAUUGUGCAGUUGAUGCUGCUGUGUGUGUGUGCGCAUCUGUGGCUUUUUCUGUGACCUGGUUAGUGGAGCUGUGUGCGUUGAAAUGAAAAAUAUGAGAGCUUUCAGCAAAGAUCAUGGUUUUUGUUUUUUAGUUGCUAGGGAAGGAGAAGCAGUUCUCAGAAACUGCCUCCCAUAUAAUGAGGCUUAAGAGCAUUUCCUCAAGUAUUUAAAUUACAUAUACAUUCCAGUAAUCAGAACAAGAAACAAAUGCAGUGAAAGAACAAAGUUUUGUGAGGUUGUAGGAAUAUCUCACAUGUUAAAACUCUAAUCUUUUGACUACUUUCUUAUAGGUAAAGGUUUCUGCUUUGAAUCCACUGUAAUCAGGAACAAAUUUGAAUUCAAUGGGACAAAGUCAGUAAGACUAAAAAGUAAAUAAACAGCCACAAAGGAAACUAUCUCAAUGUUUGAAACAAAAACCCCUUUUUUUUGCAUGGUGGUGUUGCCAUAGCAUGUUGCAGUGUGAUUUGUGUGUUGUCUGAACAGGUUGAUCUAUAAAACAAUGUUAUACAUGACAACAUUAUACAUAAUGAUUCUACUUUCUUCCAUGGAGAUGUUUAACAGGAAGUUCCGCAGUAAUAAACAAGCCUGUGUUAAUGACAGAGAACACAGACAGUACAUCGGGGACCUCUGAGAGGCAAGAUUUUGCUCGUCACAGUGCCUGACAAACUACAGUAAAUAGGCUGGGUCUUUAAGCAGCCAGCAGAUCAGGAACUGGUUAUGGUAAAAAGUAUGUAAACAAGUGUCUGUAAGGAGAGAAAUAGUGAGCUCCAGGCAGAUGCAAGGAAAACGCAACGCAAAAAAAGUGAAAAACUGAACACAGACUGGGGGGCAUUAAAGUUACUCUCUGAUAGUGCAUCAGCCCUGUACACCAGCACUGGAGCAUAGUGCCCUGCAGGCAUGCCCGAUGUUCAGCAGCUAGUCUCAGGGCAGAAAUACAGAACAGCAGGAUGCUGGAGAUGCAAAGCAGGCCCAAUAACAAAACUGUGAGCUAGUAUGAGGGGAGCAAGGAUUUCUGGAUGUGAAGCAUUGGUAAUUCAGUAGAAGAGGAUGAUUCUUUUCGCAUGGUGCAAGCUGUAACAUAAAUACUGUGCAUUUGCUUUUCCUCAAACUACUACCCAAUGAACUGGGGUGGAAUCUGUCAAGCCGGGUCGCCUACAAAAGUAAAAAGUAUCACUUCUAAGCAUACAUUCCUGAUGAGACAAGCAGCUCAGAAGCUUGCAAAUUACUCCAGAAUAUCGGGGUUCUCAAGUACAAACAUUUUUCUAUGACAGGUCUGAGUUUACAUCCCCCAUGGACCCAGGACCCCUUGCCACCAGGGAUCCUUAUUUUUCCAGUCUUUUUCUCAGUUAUGAUGAGUUUAUAAUGUGUAAUUAUGUGCCUCGGUACAGUGGUUCUAACAUGCAGGGAUGAGGCUAGUGUUUCUCAGAAUAUCCUACUGAUUAACUUGUUCAACUGUGAAGGAACAGACUGUGGUAAAAGACCUGCUCUUCUGAUUAAUACAGAAAAUAGAUGUGAAACAGGUCUUCUACAACUUAGACAAAUGCGAUGGUAUCUGAAUGAUCUAUUAAGAAGAAAAUUAUAUUGUCACUUCUGACGAUUUAGAAAAUUUAGACUCAUUUCCACCGUUAUUUUUUUCAAUUACAUCCAAGUGGCUUUGCAUUGAACUAAAUUAGACCUCAAUAUUUUUAUUUGAAAUAUUUAAAAAAAAGACACCAGUUUUGUCUAGGGACUGAACAUGAGAGGAUGACCUUGUGAUUCAUAACCUGAUCUGUUAAACUGAGAUUAGUAAGAGAUUUCUGAACCUUUUGUUAGCAGUGAUUGGAAGUGGGUUAUACUUGCAACAGAAACCAUUUGCUAAGCUAGAAAGUUUAGAAACUUUCUAAGUGCUAUCCCUCUAUAUUCAUCAUAAAAUUAAAUGGAAAUCACCUAAGAUAAUCACUCAUUAUUUUAUUAUGGUGGGGGAAAAAAUAGAAGUGGAUCUAUCUACGCAUAAAAACUUGGCUUAGCUUUGCAUUUCUUUGACACUGUAGAGUUUUCUUUUCAGAAAGCUUUCAAUAAUUCAGUGCACUUCAUGAAAGCCCUAUAUGCACAACUAAAAGCACUAGUUAUUUAGCUUGUACUGUAAAUUUUACAGCACAGAGUUGCUAAUGCUUUUGGCAGUCUGCAACAGACAUUAUGAAUAGUGUUAGAAACAUGUCUACAUACAGAUGCAAUAUAGGUAAAGUAAUAGCAAACUCAUAUUCUCUACAUGCAAUAUUUUUUCCUAAAUAAAAAGUUGGGAAACCUCCUCUACCUCAAGUAAUAACAUCUACACUGCAUAGAAAAAAACACAGGUGAAGAAAGGUGCACUGAUGACACUGAUGGGAGCAAAGAGAUCCUUUAAGGAAGACUUUAAUUUCUCCUUUGUGUCAGGAAUUGUGACAGUGGCAGCCUGGUAGUCUCUGAGCGACACACCUUUGUGAACACCUGCCCGUGCUUAGCUGUGAUCAGUGGUCUGGAAACCCAGAACAAAGCAUCUCAUUUACAGCACAGUAGGCUCAUUUCUUUUCCACUGCAUGCAAAUUUUCCUGUCUUGGCAGGAGACCAGUUAGCAGGGCAGGAAGGUGCAGUCUUUUCCUCAGAGCCACCCUGGAGAGAUGCUCCAUCACUGCAUGUGGGUGAUACAGCUUUAGAUGCCACCGCCAGUGUCAUAGUUUUAUCUGUUGCUGCUUAACUGUAGAGGUGAAAAAAUGGGCUUGUUGCAAGUUUGUGUUCUAUGAAAAUAAAGCCGGUGCAAAACUGAGCAAACUCAGUUCAUUUAAUAAACCAGAGAUCCAUCAAAUGAUAAUCAUCUUCACUCAUGACCUCAUAAGCAAGAACCCCAUUUAAUAACACUGAGUUUAAAACAGCUAUAUCUUACAUUACCUGUAUUCUUUCCAGCUGUCUUCCUCCACUUAGCUUAGAACUUGCUUACCAGUUUCCUUUGAGGUUUUUCCUCUCCAAACCUCUAACAUUAGACUGUUUCAGGCAUGAGAUAAGAAAUGUGAAGGCCAUGGAACACAGUACAUUUUCAGAGUCCAGUGUCCAAUGUCACUUUACAUGACAUAGCAAAUUAUGGUCUAGAGAUGGAAAUUAAAACUUUAAAAUAGCUUCCUCAUUUCUUUUCAGUGGAGGGUAGAUUUAUAUAUGUCUAAACUGGUGUUGCUAUGUUAAAAUCUGUCCCUUUACUGAGAAACAAUGCAGAUACCAAUUUCUCAUUAUCCAGUAAAUUUUUCUCUGGACAUAUAAAACUUGUU